AUGACGUGCUGGGUUCGUCAGCCUAGCCACCGUAUUUUGCAAUGGACACUUGCGUUGCUUCCAGUACUGUCGGCAUGUAUCGGCCUAGCAACCCUUUUAGCAUUAUUCCUCGAGUGGGAUCUACGCAGUGGCCGCAUGCGAUACGACACCAUGCAGCCAAAUCAGAGUAUAGCGUACAUUUCGGACGUGGCAGCACAUAGAUUAAAGCCACUGUUUAUCAUUGGCUCGAUCAGUUCCUCCACUCUCUUCAACAUCGCCUUCAUCUCUCAGAGAUGGAGAAGGAAUGGAUCGUCCGAUACUGUGCUCCGCCAGAGGAUUCCUACUACGUUAGCCGUGUUACUGGUCCUAUCAGGCAGUAUCGCGCUAUGCUGUCUUGCAGGAUUCGACAUUGCGCGCUUCCCAAAGCUCCAUACUGCAUUUCUCAUACUAUUCAUCUUUGGGUAUCUCUCAUCAGGCCUUUUCGUCUGCCGGGAAUACUUUAGACUAGGUCAACAUCGAAAGGGGGUCCUGCGCAUUUCAUUUUACAUUAAACAAUUCUUGUUCAUAGUUGAGAUGAUCCUCGGGAUCGCCUUCAUUGCGGCACAGGGCCGAUCCGACUUCGAUCUCGCGGCUAUCUUGGAGUGGAUUAUAGCGAUCCUUUUCUAUCUUUAUAUCAUCUCCUUUUCCCUUGACUUAAUUCCCGGGAAGCGAGAAGACCAGGCAUCCGAUUUGCGCGGCUAA